CAUUGGAGGUGGAGUCCUAGAUCAUCCUUCAUUGGGUCUUUUUUUUUCAGUUUGUUUCCAGUGAAGUUACCAUUUGUGAUGGCACAGUACACCGUAAGAUUCUCUGUGUGAACAUCACCCAAUAUUUACAAGUGUUCAUUCACCUGAUCUAUGUAAUAAGCUGCUGCUUAUCAUAUUUUUCACUGCUGAUAGACUUUUAUUUUUCUCUGAGAGAUUGAAUGUCAUGUUAGAGCAACUGUAACCUUCCUGCAGAGCGAAAUGGAACCGAUAAAUCCUUCUGGUGAAUUAUCAAACACUCCUCCUGUACGCAAGGUGGAGGAAGAUCCGGAACAAGAGAUCGAUUUGGAACAAAGCGAAAGUGAGUGCAGUGAAACAGAAAUGGGGUGGAUGUGUGAUAGUGAUUCAGAGGAAGAGUAUUUACCUGAUUCAUCGGAUGCGAGCGAUGAGGGUGGCAAUGCCUCUCGUGUACACGCAAGAGAUAGGAAGAGACUGAAGAGAACAUUAACCCAUGUCGCGCCUGGGUGUUGUCAUGAGACGCCCCCAGGCCAGGUAACAGUCAUGACUGCCCCAGCCCCUGCUGACGACCCUGCCACACCUAAGCCUUCCAAAGUAGAUGAUGAGGGUGACAAAGUUGUACCACCAAUAGUAGAUUUCAAUGCCAGUACACUUUCAACUGCAUCUCUAUUCAGGUGGAAUUGUCAUCCUCAGGUUGCCUCAGUGCCGAGAACAUCUGAAGGGAAUAUUCCACUCUAUACCCCAGGCCCAACGCAGAAUGCACAGGCUGCUGACAACCCUCUUGAGUGUUUUUCACUCUUUUUUGUAGAUGAAAUUAUAAAUGAAAUUGUGAAAUGGACCAACAAGAGUAUUGAAAUGAAAGUUGCUAAGUAUGCCAGGAAAACUACCACACUCAACCCAGUGGAGCCAGCAGAGUUGCGAGCACUACUUGGCCUACUUAUAUUCAGUGGCUGCCGAAGAGACAACAAUCUUCCUGUUAAGGAAAUGUGGGAUUCUUCCACCGGUGCAGGGCUAUACUCUUCCACUAUGUCUUCUAAGCGCUUCGAGUUCCUCUUGACCUGCCUACAGUUUGACAAUCCAGAAACAAGGGAGGAAAGGCAGAAGGCUGACAGAUUUGCACUAGUCCGGAAGAUCUGGGAUAUCUUUAUUCAGAAAUGUGGGGAGUUAUAUACACCCAGCGAGAACCUCACUGUUGAUGAACAGCUGUUGGGCUUCAGAGGAAAGAGCCCCUUCAAAAUGUGUAGGUGCAAUAAAUUUGGCAAGCGUGGUCUGAGGCUUAUGCUGAUCACAGACAGUAUAAAUAGUUACUUACUAGGAGGAAUCCCUUAUCUUAGUAAGCAGGAGACGAGGUCCAGUGAUGUCCAUAACCUUGGCCAUUACCUCAUCAAGGAACUGACCAGGCCCUACCACAACACCAGUAGGAAUGUGACAACUGACAACUGGUUGACAUCAGUACCCCUAGUCAGUGAUCUGCUGAACAAUUGUGGCAUGACAGUGGUGGGGACAGUCAGUGGUGUCGAGAUGGAAAUACUAAAGGAAAUAAAGAGAAGAGACGAGCCCGAGCGUGGAUUUACUGCCUUCUUAUUCAACGAGGAGAUGACUCUAAUGUCACAUGUGCCACCAAAAGGCAAGACAAAGAAGUUAGUGCUGCUCUUGUCAUCCAAGCACACAGAAGCAGUGCUGGGAACUGAUGGCACACCUGAAAUAUUUGAAUUCUACAAUCAAACAAAAGGUAGUGUCAGUAAAUUCGACCAGAUGUGUGCUCUGUACUCCACAUCAAGAAAAACAAGACGAUGGCCCCUCUGUCUAUUCUAUGGAAUACUCAAUGCAGGGACUCUCAACUCCUGGAUCAUACAUCGUGACAAUAACAUCAGGUUGUGUCACAAGCCACUCGCCAGGAAGAAGUUUAUGCAACUGUUGGCAGAAGAACUCAUCAAGCCUUGGGCGGUGACCAGGCUCCACUCUCCGUUCCUGCCCAGGGACCUCAAAAGCCUGAUGUCAACUGUCUUCAAAGUGGAGACACCUACCACGGUUGCAGCUCCAGGAGGCCCAGUGGCAGCAGAGAGUGCUUUUCCCUUGGUGAGGUGCAGGGACUGCCCCAGGGGCUCUGACAGGAAAACCCGACAUAGGUGCCACGUCUGCAAGAAGGCUGUGUGCCCCCGCCACUACUAUCCUAUCUGCACUGAUUGUGAGUCUCCCUGGUCCAGCUAUUCAGCAGGGAGAGGGGGAGGAGGAGGAAGAGGAAGAAGUAGUCUGCCUUCAGUUUCAGAAGUCCCCAAAUCAGAGCUGAGUGGCGUCGACAGCGUGUUUGUAUGGGAAGGACCGGACAUUAGGCCAACACAGGGACGUGAGACCAAAGUUCCUUCGACUAUAGGAAUCGACAGAAGUAAGAAGAUAGGAGAACUGAAAGCCAGUGCACCUCUGCCCAGCACCAGUAAAACGAGAGGUUCGACCAGGAAGAAAAAUAAGUUGGAACGAGAGGAAGUGGAGGAUGAGGAGGAGGAGGAAAAGGACACGAAGAAACUGAAACUAGAAGAGGAAGACUGGAAAGAAGAAGAGACGGACCCACUGGAGUUAGAGCACUUUCAGGAGAUAAAGAUUGAAGAAGAAGAUCCCCUGAGUGAUCCUUACCUGCUAGAUGAAGGGGCAUCCGAUGACGGUCUAGCUGACAUAAUCGCUUCAGUUAAACAAGAAUAUACCUCAUGGACAGACAAAAGCAAUCAGGACAAUCAGAAAGUUGUUGUUGCAGAGGAAGAUUUUUCUCAGAAGAAAAUCACUUCAAAACAGUCUGAAACAAAGACUGGGAUUGUGGGUGAAGAGUUGUAUACUUUAGCAGACAAGAGUCCAGAGGACCUGACAAGAACCACAAAAAGUGUGCCAUUUAAAUGGAAAGACGAAACGCCACAAGGAAAGUCAUCUCAAGAGGAGAGAACAGCCAAAAGACGCCGGAAGGUCUUGAAGGAAAACUCGGAGUCAGACACAGAGUUUUCUCAGCAUUUUACAAAAGAUGUCUAUGAUGUGUUCGGGAUGCAUGUAGCGAAGACCCUUCGAGACAUCAAUAACAUAGAGGUGUUCAACAGAGUGAAGAUUAAAAUCAACGACAUACUCUUAGACGCCCUGGCUGGUGACUUUUCAAGUCCAGGGUUUAAGAUAAAACCCAGUGUAGGAACACAAUUUCCCCCGGUAGGCGAGGAAGUCUCUAAUACAACACCACCAGGUCAGUCUUUUGGAAGGAAGGCCCUCUCAGAGAAAAACUUCUCAGCACCAAGGAAGGGAACCCACAAGAAAGCAGUGCUUGUUGUUUCGCCCGGUUUAGACAAGACUCAAAAGAGCUCUGUAGAUCACUCGAGCAGCAUUCCUCAGCAAUCUAGAAUUCCCGUAACGAGUCACAGCAUAAAUCAACCAACAACAUUACCUGUUCACUCCUCACUUCCAGAAACAACUUAUACCACUUCUGUGCACCCCCUUGUGUGUACAUCUCAACAUUCAAGCAUUCCCACGACCUCUCACGUUUUAGGUCAGCCAGUUACAGUACCCGUUACUUUCAUAGUUCCAGGCAAGACCCAAGCGAAAACUGUCGAUCCACAUGGCACCACUUCCAAUCUUAAUAGAAUGACUGAAACUACUCAAUGUGCAAACAUGAUUGCAGUUUUACCUGCUGCUUCUUUUGGUCUGGCCAUUACUCCAACCAGGUCUGGAAGUAUACCUCAGAGUUCUGGAGUUCCUGAGACUACUCAGAGAAGCACAGAUGCAACUCAGACAAGUACUGUGGACCCAAGUGGUAGUAUUUCCCAACAAUCUGAAAUUCCUGUGACCACUCAAACUAUACCCCACCUACAUCCUAUAAGUAGCUCUCAGAGUUCUGGAGUUCCUGAGACUACUCAUAGAAGCACAGAUGCAACUCAGACAAGUAGUGUGGACCCAAGUGGUAGUAUUUCUCAACAUUCUGAAACUCCUGUGCCCACGCAAACUAUUCCCAACUUACCUCAUGUACCUGGAAAGAGAAAAAAGAAUCUAGCAGCUCGGAAUCCUCUAGAAUCCUAGCGUUGCGCAAUUGUACCUGUUGUGAAGAGGACAGCCACGUUGAAGUCAGGAGCAAGGAGGAGACAUAGACAGUGGAAUUCAUUGUAUCUGAUGAAUAAAAGUUAUUCUUUU